AUGUACCCCUCUCUAAACCCGCACACUACAGUUGGUAGUGAUUCCAUUCGAAAUACUCCCAGCUUGAGUAUGAACAGUAUACAUUUAAAUGCUUACCCUGGUGUCUCAGGUGAACGGGCAACGGAAUUAUACACAAGCCAGCCACUGCAGCAGCCGUCAUCCAACGCAUUCAGGGGGGAUUUUUUCUACUCGGGUAGCACACCCCAAGCAAGUUCUAGUCAUCAUUUGUCUUCGGCAGCUGUUCCUUUUUCAUCAGCAUUUAAUAUCCCUCUUCAGGUCAUCAACAACGCAAACCGGGAUUUUACUGAUGAUUAUGCCUCGAGAUGUGCUUACACGCAUGGAAUUAUACCCCACAGUUAUAGGGAAGGAUACACAACUGCUCUUCAUGCGUACUCUGGGAAUCCUACUUCACAGCCCAUGCACCGUAAGAGCACCUCUGGCGCACCAGCCAUGACGGAGUACAGUCGUGACCACGUUGCCUUGGCCAGACUUUCUUCUGCGUCUUCUCUCUCGACGAGGGCUUCAGCCCCUGGUGAGAAUGGAGCCAGACCGAUUGUCAUCCCCGAGAUGGCAUUGCCCUAUUAUCGUUCCCCUACUGAGUAUUACUCUCCUCACCCCUCCUCACGCAAUAGUCGUAUGGAAGAUGGUGUCUGUGUGGCCUCUGAUAACGUUAUGAUUCCGCCACCGUGUUUGAAAGAUUCCUCAUACCAUGAUCAUCAGUUUGUCGGUGCACGUGUCGGCACUUCUGCCCACCCAACGGCUGCAUCUACUUCCACACAGACACCACCAUUAGCGGUAAUGCCCAACACUACAUUCACAUGGAGAUCUCUUCCUUGUGAUCCAACCGCACCAUCGAUUUCUGGACCUUACACGCAUGGAAUCAAUCCAGUUGCGUCUGCUGGCAUUGAUGAAGCUGCACUUCAUCAAUCUUCUUCUCUACUCGCGCAAUCUUUGCGUUUGGCUUCGACUGAUGAACAUCCAAUGAUACAGCGCAAUCACGAUAAUGACAGUCGUAAAGAUCUGGGGCAUAUGAACCUGCUUUUAAAUGAGAGGGGGAGCUGUGAGCCUCAAGUUAUGCUAGGCAAUACAAAGCAAUACCCUGAAGCAUAUAUUACACAAGAAAGUGAGCUCGCUGAGGAUGAAAGUGUUUUUGCGCGGGUUUCUGCCAUUGAAAGGACUCUCAUGGAGCUGUUGGCGUGGGGCCGAACGGCUUUAUCGUCGCCUUGUCUUUCCUUCCCAAGCCCAUCGGGUUGCACCGGGGAUUGCAAUGUGGAUACUGGCCGAGAUGUCGGGGUGAUAAUCCAGACGCAGGCUGGUCAGGUCGAGAUGGACCUACAGAUCUGUAGUUAUCUGUUGGAGUGUCUCGAAUGUGUUGAGGAGCAGCUUUUGCCACUGGAGGAAAUACUUCAUAAAUUUCUGCAUAAAUACAUUAUCGCUGAUGGCAAUUCAGUCUUAACUAACCACACGGCACCUAUUUCGUCCCCUUUGGGACCUCCAAAGGCGGCUUCACCUCAACUGGUUACCUCUGAGAGGCAGGAAAAGAACGACGUCUCUACCACUUCAGGGGAUAUCGAGUGUGUAGCUGAUAGUCCUUUGGACCCAACUAUUACACCUGUUUCAACAAUCGAAGCGCAUCUUACGGGAGCCACAAGCCUGAAUUCAGCCCCUUGCAUACCGAAAGAACUUUCAAGUCGAUGCGAGCAUAUUCGGCAGCUCCUCUUGGAUGAUAUACUGCUUGGUCAGUUAACUACGCGCUCUUCCUAUGGUGUCUUGAAUUUGUCUAAUGAUGUCGGCAGACUUUCUCACAACAGCUGUAUGAGCUUUGGUGGUGCUGGCCUCUCAACUGUAGAUUCCUUUCACACAUCCCAUGGAGUGAGUGGGGACCAACCUCCUCAUGAGUUCCCGCCGCUGCGACUUAUUAUGAUUCCUGCUGAGUGCAACGACAACGGGAGACAUAGUAUAGUUUCAAAAGCCUCAAACAGGGUAACAGCACUAGGUCCGAUUGGGUGGGAAGCGAAAGCCCAAGAAUCAAACGCAGACCUUCCUAUAGCUGAGAGGCUUUCGGGCAGCGGCGGAAGGGACACUGCAUCAUCGACUGUAACAUUGCUAGCCUCUUCUUCGUGCCGUGGUAGCGAACAACUUAUUGCAGUCGUUGCUACACCCGUGCGGUACGCACAGUAUCAGCUUUUUCUUACUAUAAGCAUGGCUGUUGAUUACCUUAAUCAUGCUCUUCAUCUCGGGCAGCUUCGCAACGAAAAGGAGCUUCAAAAGACAUGUGAAAGGACUCAACUUUCACCCACCGUAGCUAUCAUCAACACCGUACCGAAUGAGGCCCUUUUGCCUGCUCGCAUCAACCUCCAGAAGGACGCCGAAGUGUUCCGCAUGUGGACUAAUCGUGUGGGAACACUCCAGGAUCGGUUACGGCGGAUUAAGGGAAACAUUGACGCUGCAGUGAGGGGGCAUGCGUCGGUGCGGCGGCAGGUACUCGAGAUCCUGAACCAGAGGCUCAACAAUGAGGAACGUGUGCAGAAUGGAGACGAUGACAGUACACACAGAUGCUGUGAUAAUGGGACCCCCGUGGGACCACAUGAGCGAGAAAGUGAAUUAAACAGCCCUGGUGGGUCGACCGUCGCGUUCCGCGAGACAUCUUCUCUCUCCCAACAUGAGAGUAUGUCUUUUGCGAACUCCAACGCUGUUGACGCCACUACUGUCGCGGAAGCCACGAGAAUAUCAUCUGAAGAGGGUCCGCUAUCACAUUCAAUGGCCUCGGGUGAGACCUUUCGGUUACAUAACCUGCCGAGUACUUCUGGUGCACACCAGCCCGUACUUGAUACCAUUUCCUCAGAGCGGCGACCACAGCAGUUACAUCAAGGCGACAAUGACGUAUCUCAUGAGUUCUUAUUGCAAAUGGGGGAUGAAAAAGAAGGCCAACCUACGUGUAACACUAACGGAAAUGGUCUUGAGCAUUGUGCGAAUAAGUUCUUCUAUGAUCAGGCUUCCAAUGUUGAACCUGAUGGGGGUGGACCUAGGGAAAAUACAAGGAAUGCCGUGGAAACGGAGAUUGUCGCUUCAUCUGGGCUCCUUGAAGGGAGUGGCAACAAAACAGACCCAUCCAAUGAUCCUGUGGGUAUAGAAGAACUGUUUAACUCCUAUAACAGUGGACGGAAACAUAGCAGUUGGAGUGAAACGACCUGCCAAGUUGAGGGAGUGACUCCAACUCAUCAGACACUGGUCAGUUUACCACAUGAUACGGACCAUGCAGCAUGCAGCAACCCCGCAGACCUGGUAGCAUUGGAUAGAAGGGAUUCAUCGGAAGGUGGUGAGGAGUGCAAACCUGACAAAGUGUUUCACCAAUGUCAUACUCAUCUCAAUUAUCAUAUAUGUGAAGACAGAAGGAUCUCGAGUCUUAAGAACUCAGAUGAUUACAAAUGGUGUGCGCGGAAAACAUCUCGAGGUGCCUUCUUAUCACUCGCUGAACCACGUGCUCGGGCCAGUUCCGUCUGUCCGAAUGAUAGCAGCGACGAUGACGGCCCUAUUGAAUACAGUUUCCGUAGCCCGAACAACUUGUUUAGAGGGUUUAAGGCCUUCUUGAAAGCGGUUGUGCGGCGUGCAACUAGCUUUGAUAGCGACGACGACGAGUUAAAUGAGAACAGUCGGAAAAGACGAAGAAGAGGGUGA